CCUCUCUCAAUAAAUGCGUUUGAAUCCAUCCGCUCUCCACUGCCCAGCUCGCAAUAACUCCUUCCUCCCCAUCUCCACAUUCUCCCAUCCGCCGUUCCCCUCCGCUUCCUCCUACCAUGGCGUCUUCUUCCUCCCCGAGAUCUCGCCAUGCUAGCUCUCCCGCCUUCUGCUAGCCAGCUGCGAGUACGGAGCGCUCGUUUUCGGGCUUCCUGCAUGCGAUAUCACCGACGAAACGUGUCUCUGGAAGAAGGCAUCACAGGCCGGGAUCGGAGAAUGAAAGCUGACGAUAUAGAGCAAGAUGAGCUAGGGUUCGCGAGGCACUAGCUGGGACCGUACGUACCGUGCUGCCAUUGUUCAUGACUCCGGCAAGGCGCAUGCCGGCGAUGAUCGGCCGGAAUAAUGGCGUCGCGUUCGGGUCCUCGUCAGCGCUAUCUUUAAGCCAGGUGAUUAUUCCGGCUGACUUCCUAGACAGCCAUCAUCUGCAGCAAGCGUUCGAGCAGCAACUCUUUGAACAGAUCCCAGCCGCCGCAGUGGAUAGCAGCGACAACAUCAUCCACGGUCGCUCCGACGCGCUGGUGGACGAGUUUGAGAGCAAGUCGUGCAGCGAGAAUCCCGAUGGCACCGCCUCCGGCGAUGAUGGCCAGGGGGACGAGGACCCUAACCAGCGGCCAAACAAGAAGAAGCGGUAUCACCGCCACACCCAGCACCAGAUCGAAGAGAUGGAGGCCUUCUUCAAGGAGUGUCCACACCCGGAUGACAAGCAGCGAAAGGAGCUGAGCCGGGAGCUCGGUCUCGAGCCGCUGCAGGUCAAGUUCUGGUUCCAGAACAAGCGCACACAGAUGAAGAACCAGCACGAGCGGCAGGAGAACGCGCAGCUGCGCGCAGAGAACGACAAGCUGCGAGCUGAGAACAUGCGGUACAAGGACGCGCUAGGCACAGCGUCCUGCCCCAGCUGUGGCGGCCCUGCCGCCCUGGGUGAGAUGUCCUUCGACGAGCACCACCUCCGGCUCGAGAACGCUCGCCUUCGCGACGAGAUCGACCGGAUCUCGGGCAUCGCCGCCAAGCACGUCGGCAAGCCCAUGGUCUCCUUCCCGGUGCUCUCCAGCCCGCUCGCCGCCCGUUCCCCGUUCGACCUUGCUGGUGCCUACGGUGUCCAGCCGCCUGGUGGUGGUGGUGGCCUCGGCGCCGCUGACCACCUAUUCGGCGGUGCCGCCGGCGACCUGCUGCGAAGCGUGUCGGCCGGGCAGCUCAGCGCUGACAAGUCCAUGAUCGUUGAGCUGGCCGUCGCUGCCAUGGACGAGCUCCUCCGGAUGGCGCGGGUCGACGCGCCGCUGUGGAACGGGGGCGUGGCAGGGGUGCCGCAGCAGCUGGAUGAGGAGGAGUACGGCCGGACGUUCCCGGGCGGGCUUGGGCCCAGGCAGUACGGGCUUCGUCCGGAGGCGUCUCGAGACGACGCCGUCGUGAUCAUGACACGCGACAGCCUUGUGGAGAUACUCAUGGACGCGAACCGAUUUGCUGCAGUGUUCUCAAGCAUCGUGUCGAGGGCUUCUACGCACGAGGUGUUGUCAACCGGUGUGGCAGGGAGCUACAAUGGUGCAUUGCAAGUGAUGUCAAUGGAGUUCCAGGUGCCGUCACCGCUGGUACCGACACGGGAGAGCUACUUUGCGAGGUACUGCAAGAACAACCCCGAUGGGACGUGGGCGGUCGUCGAUGUAUCACUCGACAGCCUCCGCCCUAGCCCCGCUCUCAAGUGCCGGCGCAGGCCAUCAGGAUGCCUUGUCCAAGAAAUGCCCAAUGGCUACUCAAAGGUGACCUGGGUUGAGCAUGUUGAGGUGGACGACAGAUCAGUGCACAAUCUCUACAGGCCUUUGGUGAAUUCAGGCCUGGGAUUUGGUGCGACAAGGUGGGUUGGCACGCUGGACCGACAGUGCGAGCGUCUCGCCAGUGCCAUGGCCAGCAACAUCCCCAACGGCGACCUCGGUGUGAUCACGAGCAUAGAGGGGAGGAAGAGCAUGCUGAAGCUGGCAGAGAGGAUGGUGGCGAGCUUCUGCGGUGGCGUGACCGCGUCUGCGGCGCAUCAGUGGACGACGCUGUCGGGGAGCGGAGCGGAGGACGUCCGCGUUAUGACCAGGAAGAGCGUGGACGACCCAGGCAGGCCGCCGGGCAUCGUCCUCAACGCUGCCACCUCCUUCUGGCUGCCUGUCCCGCCCAAGAGGGUCUUCGACUUCCUCCGCGACGAGACCUCUCGCAGCGAGUGGGACAUCCUCUCCAACGGUGGCGCAGUCCAAGAAAUGGCUCAUAUUGCAAACGGCCGGGACCAUGGCAACUGCGUCUCCCUUCUUCGUGUCAAUAGCGCAAACUCCAACCAGAGCAACAUGCUGAUCCUCCAGGAGAGCUGCACGGACGCAUCGGGCUCAUACGUGGUGUACGCGCCGGUGGAUGUGGUGGCCAUGAACGUGGUGCUCAACGGCGGCGACCCGGACUACGUGGCCCUGCUGCCGUCAGGCUUCGCCAUCCUCCCCGACGGACCGCCGGCGCCGGGCAUGGCUCCCCAUCACGGAGGAGAGGGUGCUGCCGGCGGCGGCUUGGAGGAGUUGGAGGCCGCCGGCGGGUCCCUCUUGACGGUGGCGUUCCAGAUCCUGGUGGACUCCGUCCCCACCGCCAAGCUCUCGCUGGGCUCUGUAGCCACGGUGAACAGCCUCAUCGCCUGCACCGUGGAGCGCAUCAAAGCUGCCGUCUGCGGCGCUGAAGGCAACCCACAGUAGUAGCCAUCCAUAAGAUAGAGAGAGCGAGAGGAGGGGUGGUGCAGCUUUUGGGGAUCGGAGAUAUUUAUCAGUGGGGAGUCAAGAACGCACCUCAGACUCUCCUUGCCAUGUGGUGCUCUGAUACUGAUGCAAGCAGGGAAAAAGAAGGCGUCACCACUAUGCAAGGGGGGAUGGUUCGGGUAUUGACUUCUCCGUCGAGUCAACUAGAGAAAGGAUGCGUGCUGCAGAGAAGAUGCUGUUUCUUCUGGAUCUCUUUCCAUAUUUUCUAGGGUUUACUUCGUCAUGUUCGUCGUGUUGUUGUUGUUCAGGCUAAAAGGUGCCUGUGCCUGCUCGUAGGCUCGUAGCUAGAGAACAGAGAUUUGUUUACCUCUUUUAUUUUAUUUUUUUUGGAUUGCAAAGAUUUGUAGAAUCUAGGACCAGUCAUUUCAUCACCAAUGCUUGGCUAAAACGUGUACCGUUGUUGUUCGUAGCUUUCUUGCUAUUUAAAACGAUGCAAUUUCAAUCGCUGAGUUUCUA